UAAAUCCAGACCAACAACAAUAUAUAUACAUAUACCCAUGGCUGUGUCUUCUUUUUCCCAAUUUCUGAUGCUUCUUCUUCUUCUUGUUGCUUCCAGUCUUUCCAUGCUGUCUCACAAUGCGAGUGCAGGUAUGACCAUGAGAAAACUAGCAGGCCAGCUGCCAAGUUCGCCGCCGCCGCCGUUGCCAUCUAAAUGGAUCAAACCACUUCCAAAUCCGUCAAGCCAUCCCCUGGCGGCUUCACCACCACCGCCACUGCAGUAGAAGUUAUUUCAGAAUGAAAAGAAUAAAACUGCAUUAGGAUGGCCUGUAUCCGUGCAAAAUGUGUGAUUGUAUGUGUUGUCCUUUUAUAAAUUUAUGCCCGACGAACACACUCGAGGCUAACUCAAGCAAUAAG